GUGUGAAUCCUACUUCCACCCCCUCUAUAUUAAUCUUUGUCUCUUCCUUGAAUCGAAUCAUAUAAUCAAAUGGAUCGUCUUAAGCUUUGUUUCUCCGUUUUCGUUUUGUUUUUCUUUAUCGUCUCCGUUUCGUCGUCUGAUGUCAACGACGGCGAUGAUCUCGUGAUCCGUCAGGUGGUUGGUGGAGCCGAGCCUCAGGUUUUGACCUCCGAGGAUCACUUUUCUCUGUUCAAGAGCAAGUUCAGGAAGGUGUACGCAUCCAACGAGGAGCAUGACUAUAGAUUCUCGGUUUUCAAGGCGAAUCUGAGGCGAGCGAGGCGUCACCAGAAGUUGGAUCCGUCGGCGCGUCAUGGUGUAACGCAGUUCUCAGAUCUGACUCGGUCUGAGUUCCGGAAGAAGCAUUUGGGGGUUAGAGGUGGCUUUAAGCUUCCUAAAGAUGCCAACAAGGCUCCGAUUCUCCCUACCGAAAACCUCCCGGAGGACUUUGAUUGGAGAGAUCGCGGUGCUGUUACCCCCGUCAAAAAUCAGGGAUCUUGCGGCUCUUGCUGGAGUUUCAGCGCCACUGGAGCUUUGGAAGGUGCUAACUUCCUCGCUACCGGCAAACUCGUCAGCCUCAGCGAACAACAGCUUGUCGACUGUGAUCACGAGUGUGAUCCAGAGGAGGCAGGUUCCUGCGACUCUGGUUGCAAUGGUGGGCUAAUGAACAGCGCUUUUGAAUACACCCUAAAAACCGGAGGCCUCAUGAAAGAAGAAGACUAUCCUUACACCGGAAAGGACGGCAAGACCUGCAAGUUAGACAAGUCCAAGAUCGUUGCCUCUGUCUCCAACUUCAGUGUUAUCUCCAUUGAUGAAGAACAGAUUGCUGCAAACCUUGUCAAGAACGGACCUCUUGCUGUAGGCAUCAACGCUGGCUAUAUGCAGACUUACAUUGGAGGAGUCUCGUGCCCUUACAUAUGCACAAGGAGGCUCAACCACGGUGUCUUGUUGGUCGGUUAUGGAUCGGCUGGUUACGCUCCGGCUAGGUUCAAGGAGAAGCCUUACUGGAUCAUCAAGAACUCGUGGGGAGAGACUUGGGGUGAGAAUGGUUUCUACAAAAUCUGCAAAGGCCGUAACAUUUGUGGCGUUGACAGUCUUGUCUCCACAGUUACAGCCGCCGUCUCAACCACCGCCCAUUAAGCAUCUCGUCAAUACGUUUUAAUUACUUUGGUGAUUUGUAUGAGCGAGCUCUCUUUGCGCUGCUGACUCUCUAUUUAUCUGUGCUUCUUGCUUGUAAAUAAAAUGCAUUCUAUUGA